AUGUCGUGGGUUCAAAGUACUCCCUUGGUCCAGGGUCCCGGAGAAGAGGGGGACGUGUUUGACGAGGAAGCGGACGAGUCGCUCCUGGUGCAGCGGGAAUGGCAGAGCCACAUGCUGAGACGAGUCAAAGAAGGUUACAGAGAUGGAAUAGAUGCGGGCAAAGCAGUUACUCUUCAACAAGGCUUCAAUCAAGGUUAUAAGGAAGGUGCAGAAGUGAUUAUAAACUACGGGCAACUCAGAGGAACAUUGAGUGCUUUGCUCUCCUGGUGUCACCUUCAUGAUAAUGGUUCGGCUCUGAUCAGUAAAAUAAAUAGUCUUCUGGAUGCAGUUGGCCAGUGUGAAGAGUAUGUGCUCAAACAUCUGAAAUCAAUCACGUCUCAGCCCCAUGUGGUAGAUUUAUUGGACUCUAUUCAGGAUAUGGACCUUGGUCAUGUAGCUCCAGCUGAGAAAAAGAUGGAUGAAGGUAAAGAUGAAAGACUCUGUGAAAAUAAUGCUAAGCUUCACAAAAACUGUGGCAAGAGUCUUAGUGAGGCAGAUUGUUCAUCUCUAGAAUGUUGUAGAAUACAGGAGCAGCCACAUUCUGAAAACCCAAGCCUCACAUGGAUUUUAGAACAGACAGCCAGUUUGGUCAAACAGCUGGGAGUAUCACUCGAUGUAUUACAGCACCUCAAACAAUUAUAA